CAACAACACAGCACUCUAAACGCGACGAAUGCAACCACUUCAAACGGAUUGUGCAUACCCACCUACGUCAUGCGAAACCUACCCAAGGAAGUGGUCGCUGCGACCGAGACUGUGGUUGAAGUCAACAACGGUGUUCUCGAAUCCGCCUUCAUCCAUUCUCUUGCAAAAAUCUACAAGACCUCUCCCCAAGCUGUGGUCUGGAACAUGAAGCGGUAUAACAAAGUCAAGGCUGGAUGCGACGAUAGGAAGCCAGGUGGCCGCCCUGUGGCAAUGGACAAAGACAAAGCCGCUGAAUAUAUACGGAUUUUUAUGACGGAAGCGCAACUCGCCAAUGAGCGAAUCAGUCUUCAUAAGGUUGCGGAGCUUGUAUCUCAGGAGUUCAAAGUCGCUGUUAGCUCAACUUGGAUCUCACGAAUUAUGAAGAAGUACGAGAUAGACUACCAACCACCGAAACAAGAACCAAAACGGGCACAAAAACGGGCUCCUAAGGCGCCUAAAGCUCCGUCCGCGUUACCGACAAACCCAGACAGGCUGCCGUUGCCUGCAUUACCCGAGCAGUAUCCUUCUUUCCGGGAAAGUUUGCAGCAGGCAAUGUCUACUUCAGAACCUCCUCCAUCUCGAUUCGGGAGCUUCCAGCAAAUCACAGUGAAUUCAGAUCUCCCUACACAAACCGCCCCGACCUACUCUCAUACCGCCCCAGCUCCGUCUCUGCCUGCUAGUCGUAUAACCCAAAUCGACGCCUCCCGAUUGGAAAGCUAGAAUGCCAGGAUCUAGGGAUUGGCGUAAUAAGAGAUAUGACCUUGAUCCAAAAUGAUGAAUCAUACAAGAAUCAUGGUACGGGAGAACAGAAGCGCUCGAGACGUCAAAGAUACAGCUACGGUCGUUGAGACAUGGAAAAUGGAUACGUCGACUAGAGAAUCUGGAAGCAUACAUUUCAGGCCCUUGGAUAUUUUGACGGCGUACGAGCUACAAACCGGUCGAUUUUCAAUCUCGACCACUAAGGAGUUAUGGAAAGCCACGACAAAGGCAAUCAAGAUGGACUUGGUCCUCGAAUGGUAUGAAAGCAGCCCUUUCCGUAAGGGAUCCUUGUACAUUCUGGAAUCUUUGAUUUUGAAAGCUAGAGUAGGGAACACUAUAGUGGAUCAUUGUACCAUUCGAAGGAUCGGACAGAUUCCCUGCUCCGAAGCUGACCACGACAUGAACAAUGGCUACAUUGUAUGCUCGUAUUGGUCCUGGGAUACAUCAAAGUCAUAACAUCCUCACAGACUGGACAUGCCACUGAGCCCCAGACAGACUACCAACCAGAAAGCCACUCCGAGAGCCUGCAUCCCUCCAUUAAGCGCGAUGUUUCUUCCAGCGGCACUAACGAUUGGCGUUCUCGUGGCCGCUGGGUUUGUAGUGAUGUUUGCUGCAGUCUCGCGAUCUACACAAAUGUCAAUACAGCAUUCAUAACAGUCCGACCAUCACGUCCUUCUCAGACACAAAUCGCGGAAAACUAUUCCCCAGUCCUCAGAAUUGAACAAAAUCACAUACCGGUAGUAACGAAUCCUUGAGCCCCAUCCGGCUGCCGAUUACUCUCUCCGCCAUAAGUAUGUGGCGCACAAAUCUUAAUCGCGGUCCCAUCCUCCACCGGCCCUCCACUACAACUCGACAGUGUUCCCUCGGCACAAAGCAAGAAUGGCGUGAAAGAGAAAUAGCCCGACGACUCGUUCGCCCCCGCACGAAAGCAUGUCGAAACACGAGUCGCAUUCCCGGAGAACUCAUACGGGAAAAACGGUUUGUCGGUAGUGAACUUGGGGACCAGGUCGAAGAGACGUUCGGUAUCUUUUUCGGACAGGGAGAGGUUGGUCGUGCCGACUACAUUGACGAUUCCGUAUGCUACCGCGGGACAUUGUGAGCUGUUGCAGCGUUGCUGGCCCGUAGAAUUGAAUUCGUAGUUUGAGUUUGGAGUAUCGCAGACAUAACCUCUGGAGAUAAUCUGGGUUUCGCUCGCAGUUGACGUGUAGUAACCGCUCCCAAACCGGGUACUUGACUGAGUGAAGUUCUUGCAGCUUGCGUUUGCAAAUGCAAGGAGUGCGACGAAAGCUGGAAGGUAUUUUUGGAACCCCAUUUUGAUUGACCGGAGAUUUUGUGGAGGAAUUCUGGAAAUCUGGGGGCGGGUCACAUUUUAAAUCUCCGAUAUUUGAGAACUACAUGUCCUGUGAGGCUUCAGGACGUCAUCAAGCACUUGCAAAUACUACCCUAUCCUCAAUACGAUGCGCUACGUGGAAAUUCAUGGGAAAUUUAUGUCAAGCAACAAAGCGCGCUUCCAGUCACAAAUACCAUCCUAAGGGAAGCUCGGUUGCGGCGCAGUCCCAAAAGUCUGGGCGACGCAGAUCCGGACGCAGAUCACGACGUAGCUAGUACAGCUUUGAGACCUUAGGCAGAUCCUGAGUGGUUGCUUCGUGUGGAGGUUCUCUCCUUGUGUUGUCAGUCAAGAUUAGAGUGAUAUUUAGUCGAGUAAUAGGAUGUUUAUUUUCUUGGCGACAACGAUGUCAUUGUUCCCAUGAGGUCUGUCGAAUUUGGCUACACUCCUAUGAGAUCAACUCGAAUGUAAUCCAGCUACGAGUAGUCGAACAUGAUUUCCGUACAAACCCAGUUCGUCUGACGAGACAUUUUUGGACAAGUUUAUCUACGUUGAAUCACUUGGGCUUGAAAUGCUUGUAGCACGACUUCGUGCUUCAGGAUCUCCCUGCUUGAAAUAUUGCCUGUGUGAGCUGAUUUCACAGAACCUUUCGAUGAGGACAGGUCAACGGGAAGUGCCUCACUCCCAAGGGGGUAAAGAAAGGUAGAUACGCGUUCCCCGACAUACAUUGGGCGAUCAAAUGAAGAAAUCAAAGAGUAACAGCUCGUCGAUUUCCGAAAAAGCCAUUUGAGACAUGUCUCGAACGAACGAUUCCUGCUCUUCUACGCUCGAUGAAUGAAUCGAAUUUCAAUCAUUACCAGAUCCCACCACCAGGAGCUCCGAAAUAAAAACAAAUCAGCAGCCAGCUUUUCUCCAAAGUGUCUCUCUUACUGAUCUCUGUCCAAACGCUGACAGCCCUGCCUUAAGUUUCCCUCCACUGAGGUCUUCCUCACCCUGACGCUGCCUCUAGUGUGUCAAAAUCCAGCACCUGGUCCCCCAAAUAAACAUGUCACAAAGAAAUGGUUCUUAUCAUAAUUCAAAAACUGUCUCUGUAUAUGCUUUUGCUUUCAAGCUACAUUUCAGGAGCCGGCUGCACCCAUCCAUAUGACCCUUGGAAACAUGGUUAGUGCAGCUUGUGAACUAAGCGAGCCACAACCGAAGCAAGCAUCAACAACAGCCCCUGCCACACAAAAGCGAGUUUUUAAAAUCAGUCAUAAUUCGUAAUACAUAGUACAUAGCUAUCCAACUCCUGUCCGCAAAAUGCAAUUUCAACCCCUCCUCUCAAAUCAAAACCCAACCACCAAACUAUGCUCACCCCCCUCAACCUCAAACCUCACCCUCCCAUCCGCACCCACCUCCUGCGCACUCACAGCCCUCUCCUUCCCAUCCACACUCACCGUCCUCACCCCACCAGCACCACCCUGCCUCCCAGGCAAAAC